AGGGUGCGGACGGCACAUGUAUGCGAGGCGCCUGGUGGAUUCAUUGCCUGCACAAGUCACUACCUACGUGAACUACAUGGCGAGGAGCUGGAUCACGAUUGGGUGGGCAUGACGUUGAACCCCCACUACGAAGACAACAAUCCCGUCGCCAUGGUGGAUAGUGACGCGUGGAUCUGUGACACCAUUGAGCACUGGGAUUUUGGAGCAGACGACUCGGGCGAUCUGAUGCAGGCAGACAACGUGCGCAGCUUGUGGGCGCGGGUGGCAGAGAUCGGCAAGGUGGACUUGUUCACGGGCGAUGGUAGCGUUGAUUGCCAGCACGAUCCCAACGAACAAGAGAACAUCACUGCGAUGCUUCAUUACUGUGAAGCCGUUGCCGGACUAGGGUGCCUUCGUCGAGGCGGCGCCAUGGUGCUCAAGACCUUUACCUUUUUUGAAGCAUGUACCAACCAGCUCGUGUACCUACUGGGCGUUCAUUUUGAUGAGGUGUGGAUCAGCAAACCAGCAUGCUCGCGUGCCUCCAAUGCCGAGACCUAUCUUGUC